AUGUCUCAACACUCGCAAGCCAAGCCGGUAGCGGUACCGACCACAGGCAGGCGCGCUUGCCGGACUCCGGGAGGCUACCACGAGCAACACGCCACCCAGUCACAACAUAUAUCUAUCGGCCCCUCUGGGAACGUCACUUCCUCGCAGGUCGAACUGCACAUACCCCAGACUCCUUUAGAUCAGCUUGAACCGACUUUGCGGCCCGCUACCGCUGCAGCGCCGCAGACGGCAGCAGCGGACAACGAGGCAGACGGAGACGGUGCUGACGCCGGUAACGAUGCUACAGUUGCACCGCAGGAAGGACAAGAGGCGGGAGAAGAUCACACGCCCAAACCCAAGAAGGUACGCCACGGUGUGCUCAGUCGUUGCAGUGGCGGUGACGAGUCUGCUCAGAAUCAUCCUCUGCUGUAUUGGAUACCCCACCGACUCGGAUUCCUACGCGCGCUACUCAGACUGGACGGAAGGCCAAAGGCCGUUUUGACGAACAAGGUCAGGGGCUGUGCGAAAGAAGGUUGUUCGAAAGGCAAGCAGUACGUCGGUCGACUCUACCGCUGCGUGUCUGCGAAUUGCAUCGGAUGCACUUGGUGGUGCGGCGAGUGCAUUCUGGAGUCGCACAAACUCCAUCCGCUCGACCGCAUAGAGGUAUGGCUUAACGACGAAUGGCAACCGUCUUCCUUGGGCGAACUGGGGCUGGUUGUGCAGUUCGGUCACUGGAAUGGAACGUACUGCAGGCUUCCCAGGCAUCCUGUCCCUGCGUUCAUGGUCCUUCACACUAACGGUCUCCAUCAACUCAACGUCCGCUUCUGCAACUGCGCGACGCAAAAGGCAUCAGUCGUGGAACAGCUCUUGGCGGGUCGUUGGUACCCUGCUACGUCUGAUGCACCUCGAACCGCAGCAACUUUCGAGGUGCUCGAUGCUUUCAAUGCUCAUAGUGGUUCGGGCAAAGACAACGCGUACGACUUCUAUAACGCACUGGAAUAUCUGACCAAUGGAUCUGGACUGUUUCACCUGCCAAAUCUAUCGAAACAGUUUUUCACCAUGGCGCACGAGUAUCGCCACUUGCUAUCACUCAAGCGCGGCGGGCGUGGCCAUGACGCGCAGCGGUCAAUCAAACAGACGUACUGGGGGGAGUUGGCCAUGAUAUGUCCAGCGUGUCCGCACGACGGGAUCAAUACAGACGUCGUGGACAAGCUACGUUUGAUUUCUCCCGAGCUUGCAGACAACCAUGCGCUAUUCAACGACCUUGUGCAGCUGUCCAUGGACUGUAACUUUCGCGCGAAGAACAGGAUGACGCGCUCAACGCAAGAGACAAGCCCCUACCUUGGCGACGGCAUGGCGUACAUGGUCCCGGAGAAAGAGUACGAUGACUUCAUCAGGACCCGCCUGAAUGACGAAGAGCUAAGCAACUGCUCACGCUUCGGCGCGCUCGUUUUGGCCAACUUGAAGACCGGAAAGGGUUUACGGACGACAGGCGUAGGCGCGGUAUUUUGUUCAAGGCACGAGUUCUUUUGGCCCAACACGGUCGGUACCUUAAUCAAAGGCGAACGUCAUAGUACCAUGGAUUUCAUCUUCGCGGCCGCUGUCCGACGAGUCCGCGCAAGUUCGCUGCAUAUCUAUUACGAUAUCAUCUGCCAGUACACGCGGAAACUCAAUCUUCGGAUGCUCGAGGUGGAACCAAGAUCGUUCGUGGGCGUAGGCGCCCAAAAGAUCUUGCAUAAGAUCAACGUCAGUUUCGGCAUCCCUAAGUUUCAUAACCCAGGCCAUCUGGUCAUUUGCCAGUUGUGGUUCAACCUGGCGUACUUGAUUGCCACAGGCCAAACGGACGGCGAGGCGUCUGAGAGGGCGUGGGCAGGGCUGAAUCCGGCGGCGUCUAGUCUGCGCGAGAUGGGACCUGGUACAAUGCGCGACACAAUCGAUUUCUACUGCAGCUUCUGGAACUGGCGCAAGUUCAUUCACAUGGGUGGCUUCUUACAGAAAAAGAUGGAGAUCGCGUUGAGGGAAGCUCGGGAGCAUUGUGAGACUUACACUGCGCUUCACACCCUCAUCUGGCGAGAGAGCAGGGAGACGGCAAUCGCUUGGGUAUCUGGGUCUGAGAAAUGGGAGACGCGCAAUGCUCUGGAUGCCCUGGGCAGGCAGAUUACGUCCGGCCCGGAGGCGGUGAAGAACCCAUACGAGUCAAGCGCUCGGAAACAGUCUCUGGAGAAGGCGCGACUGGAGAGCGCCGAGUUGGCUUCGAAAGCGCUGAACGAAGCAACACUUCCUGUAAGCGCCGAAGGUCUAGACGCAGAUGCAGUCGGCGAGACAACGACGAGCGCAUCUCAGGCGUCUGCAAUGUUGAACUUCGUCCUUCGCGGCUUCAAGAUUGAGGUCAUGCAAUGGCGAACGUCGCGAGCGGUAGCUACCAAGACCGUGCUCCAAACGACGGAGCGCGUGGAAAAGCGUAACGAGCUGGCGCGCGAGAUGCGACUGUUCCGCAAGGACCAGCAAUGGAUGAUGCCGGUCGUUUAUGCGGCACUACAGGAGUUGGAGGGCGUGGAAACUGGUAAUGCUGCGGAUAUGGAGACGGACGACGAAGGCGAAGAUGACCAGCAGGUUGAAAGUCACAAGGACGCGCUAUUCCUGCCAUCCGAGUUGGAGAAGGACGUCGCGCGAACGGCACCAAUGCUCGAUGUGCUCCUCGUCGAAUUGAGGCUGCGCUACGCCGGGAUGGAGGACUGGCUCGAGAAUUUGAGGCAACAGCUGCGCGUUCGUGGAACGGUCGCUCAAUGGAAGAUCUCUUAUGGUACCGGCCAACGUAUGGCCACCCGGACGAUCAACAAGCAGCGCACGAUACAGGAGAACGUCGUCAUGGCGCGUGAGAUGUAUAGGCUUCAUAGGGAGAGGUAUGAAACGCUAGUGUCGUUCUUGACGGAUGAUGAGCGCGCCGCACACGUUCCUCCUAAAUGGGACGAUACCUUCCGGGUCCUUCAUGACGAGGAGUGCAGGCCGUUGAAUAACAGUCUGCUGCUCGCGAUUGACGCCGUUGAGAUACAGCACAUUAAAGACAUUCUCUCGGAGAGGAGGAAUGGCGUCGCGAGUGGCGCUAGCUCUUACCGCAUCCCUUGGAUCUGGUACAAAGUCGCCGAGGGCACGGAGGUCGAACUCAAUGAUGAUCUCCGCGUCGAGUUCGUCAAAAGCAGAGCUAGGGCUAUGCGUUGGGUUGAGGAAGUGUAUAAGCUGGCAUACGAGAUGGUACGCGUGCCCGCGUACUGCAGUUCAAGGUCUAUCUGGUGGGCGGGCCGGGCCGAGGUGCAGAUCGAGAACAUCGACUUGGAGCUGCAAGACGGUAUUCGUGGAUACGCAACGAAGCAGUCUACAAUGUUCCGUCGACACGCGGAGGGCCUCGAGGAUCAUUUCAAGGGCAGCUUAGAGGAGGCGGCCGCAUUCGUGCGCGUAUUCGGGCUAGACGGUCUCAUUAAAAACAGUACGGUAUCACUCGUUUAA